GGUCAGUAGACCUGAAGACAGCCAUUCCGACUAGACAAUGCGUAUUUUGAUGUCUUGGGAAGAGCCCAGCUUCAACAUUAACAGCUUGAUGCGUCCGCCUAGCAGGCUUAGAAUGCCGUAGCAUGAUGGAGAGAAGCUUAGCUAGGAGGAGGUAGGCUUAUCAGUAGGUCACUGAUAUCUCAUAAAUGUCAAAGAUCUUGAGAGUUUGGCAUUCCCAUUCACGCUACAACACAUCCGCCGACAUCUGGAGCACGGCGUGCAUGGCGUUCGAGCUGGCAACCGGCGACUACCUGUUCGAGCCCCAUUCGGGCGAGGAUUAUUGCCGCGACGAAGACCACCUGGCUCACAUCAUCGAGCUGUUGGGCAACAUCCCGCGCCGCAUAGCGCAGGCGGCAAAAACUCCAAGCUGUUCUUCAACAAGAAGAACGAGCUCAGGCACAUCAGCGGACUCAAGCCGUGGGGCCUAGAGGAAGUUCUGCGCGAGAAGUAUGAUUGGUCAAAGGAAGAUGCUGAAGAAUUCGCUGCAUUUCUGAAGCCGAUGCUCGAUUUUGAUCCCGACAGGCGAGCUACGGCAGCCGACUGCCUCAAAUAUCCCUGGUUAACCAAAAAAUGAACACGUGGCUCUCUGUAGGUGACUGAAUACCCGUCGCUUUCGCAUAUACAUAUAUGAUAGUGCAUUAUAGAGUACAUACUACAGAAUGAAUGGCCGGCGCCUUUUGUUCCUACUUUUUUUGAGUUGUUUGUUGUCUCUCUCCCUUAACAGAAAUCUCCUUGAUGCAAUAAUUUCCAAAACAACAAGCUUCAACGUUUUAUGACUUGUGUCUUUAAAAAAUGAUAAUAUAGAUAGUCGUUCUUCAUAAUCCAUUUUCAUUUUAAAAUGUUUUACUAACUAGGUAAAACGAUUCUGACGUUAAAUCGUAUUCUUAAUAACUUCUUGUAAUGGCAAAGAUCGUUAUACCUAGCGUUCAAACCUGUAGUUAAACCAAAACGCUUUGAUUGAAUCGUCUAACUCGAACGUAUCGACGUAAUAAAAUGAUACUGGUAGUGGUCGCUGCAGUAAAUUUGUCAUUGUCAUUUUUUCGUAGUCAAUUU